UGUCUGCCAUGAAUUCUGAAAAUAUUUUUUUAUAAAGUAUAAAUCAUUUUGUGGAAAACAUUUUACACUAGAACAACUACACCACCCUAAAUCAACCAUAACUGUUCUCUUCUCCUGAGUUUAUCGAAGCCAAUGAUUUUUAAUUCAAGAAAAUUUUAAUUAAGCCACAGAUAAAUACAUUGGUUGUGUGAUUCUGAUGGGGCAUCAUGAGGUGAACUCUUCCAAUAGUAGGGACAGGUCUCCCUCACAACAGAGGCACAGGCAUAGGCGUAAAGACAGGGAUUUGGAUAGAGAAUUGUCAUCUGAUAAAAGAGAACGAAGGUCAGGAAGAGAUGUAAUUGAACAUAGGUCCCCCAGGCCGAGACAUGAUUACUCCUAUUCAGCUUCAGAUCAUCAAAGAUCCAGUUCAAAUUUUAAUGUUGACACAGAAAGGCAAAAUGAGGUCUUCAACUCAACUGGUUCCGAAAACUGGAAGGACAGAGAUGUUAGCAUGGCCAAAACGAAAGCUGAUGAAAAGGACAUGGAAGCUAAAGAGGAGCAAAUGACAUUGCUACAGAUGUCCGGAGAUCUUACUACAGAAUCAAAACAACUCAAAGCAGAGGGAAGAAAGGAGGAAACCAACAUUUCACUGGAAUACAACAGCGACAUGAAGAAGGCACGACUCCAUUCAACACUGGUUGCUCUCCUCAACGAUCCUGUGCUUGCUGAUGUACCAAAAAAACCAACUCUGACAGAUGUGGACACCCUUAUCAGCUUGGAACUUGGGAGUGCCAUGCGUAUCUCUAUCCUCAAAUUGGAUGGCAGCUCCUUUGAUGUGACAGUGAUGAAUUCCGCAACAGUUAAAGACUUGAAACAAGCUGUUCGGAAAAGGAUUGAUGACACCGAGCAAUCUAAGAUGGGCCAUCGGCACAUUUCUUGGAGGCAUGUCUGGUCAAAUUUUUGCCUUUUAUUCCACAAUGAGAAGUUACUAGAUGAUACCGCUAAACUUCAGGACUACGGCAUUAGGAACAAUGCGCAGGUUCAAUUCAUUCCCUAUGUCAUCUCGAGGGCCUCGAAGAGGCAUACAAAGAGGAGAAAACACAGAUUCUUUCACGGCCUAAGCAAAAAGGGACAAACAACUGAUUGAAUCAGUGGUUAGAUCGCUGCAUAUAGAAGCUGCAGAGUGCUUGUAUCUAGCUUUUGAGAUGAAAUCAUGGAUGUUAUAGCAAUGCUGUUGUAAAUCUGAGGAAAAGAAAACCAAACCUAGGCUAGGCGCCUUCCUCUAUUCCUGAUCAUAUUAUGCUAAAUACUCUACUGCCUAGCUUCGAAAUGAGCUUAAAUGGAGUGAAAUGGCUAACGAAUAUUCACAUAGCGAAUCUCUACUUGUUGGGAUUGAGGUGUAGUUGUUGCUUUUGUUCAACUGUCUAGCUUUAUAGAAUAUAGUUAGAAGUACCAAAGAAUCGCGGUUGAGUUCCCCUUCUGUAGAAAAGGCUUGGGAGUAAUGUAUCUAACAUAGCCUAACUGUUAUAAGCAAUAUCUGUGUACGAAUCAUUAGAUCUAGAUAUAUACCUAGUGACAAGAGUCUAUUUGAUCUUCAAUUGGUGCUAGAAGCACGAACUCAUCCGGAAAGAGUCAGCAUGUGCU